GUGCUGCUCCUCCCAGCCAUGCAGACAGCGAAGACAAGCACCACGCCUCUCAGGCAAUUAGCACUGCAUUCAACUACCACAUGCUCGUCACACGCAACAACGUACGGAAAAUGCAUACUUGCUGCUUAUACAGAUGUUCGCAAAGAUUCGUGCAAACAGGAAUUUGAAAAGUUCGGGCAGUGUUUGCGUGAAGCUAUGAAACGCAAAUGGUGAUGCCUAGUUAAAUACAUGCGAAGAUGAGACGUCCGGGAGAUGACAUAG